GCCGGGGAGACACAGACACACACAGGCGAGGCAGCCGGGGAGACACAGACACACACAGACACACACAGGCGAGGCAGCCGGGGAGACACAGGCGAGAGGGCAGCGUUCACGAAAACACAUUCAUUUAUUACAAUUGCAGCGAGCCCCUUCACAAGCGAGGGCUCAGAGCUCUGCCGAGCUGUUUAAAACUCCACACGAAGGGGUUAACAAAGCCAGCGAGGAUGUUCGUUUCCGUGGGAAGAUGAUGAAAGAGGUUUCGUUGGUGUGUCUGAUUCUCUCGGUCUUGUGCUGCUGGACCUCCCUUUCUCUGUGUCAGUGGGAACAUUGGGAGGAUUAGAACGGAUGAGCUGGAUUUGUGUUUCCAUGCAGAGCGGUGACUGAUAAGAGCUGUAUCUAAUACUGAAACAAGUGACCAAAUGCGUCUGCCUGACUUACUCUUCAGAGCUUCUGAUCUGUCGGGACAGCACAGCACCAGCCAUGCGUUGAGCAGGAAUCUUUACAAAUAAAAUGUUUGAGUGUGCUCCAGUCGACAUGUGUGUUGUUUGGAAGAAGGCUCUGCUGCCUCAGCACAGUUUGCACAGGAUAGCGGACCCCAGGCAAAGCAUGACGAGAACAUUGACUCAAUGGGUGCAGAUGAUAGGUCCACAGAGAUCCAGUCAUCCUAUGAUGUUGGAUUGAGAGCAGAACAAUCUUUGCAAAAACACACUUUAGCAGAGGACUGCACAAAAGAUGAAGGGCAGGAGCAGAAUUUGAAAGCAGAUGAGCCAGAGCCAGAACCAGAGCCUGCUUCUUUAUCUGAAUCUGUGACUGAGGCAGAGCCUGCAUCUUUAUCUGAAUCUGUGACUGAGGUAGAGCCUGCUUCUUUAUCUGAAUCUGUGACUGAGACAGUGCCAGAGCCAGACUUGGACCAGAACCCAGACCUGGGCCCGGGCCCGAACCCGGACCUGGACCCUACAGCCAGCCUGUAUGAAGCUACUUCCAGUACUUCUGCUACGAGUGAUAACAUUUCCAGCACACCUAUCUUGGAGAUCCCUCCUGUUACUCAGCCAAGUGCAAUAGAGAAUUCCAGUGCCGAUACCCCUGUAGGCAGCUCUAAUGAUGCUGAGCAGUCAGCUGCUGACUGUGAGGCUGGAGGGACCCCUGUGGUGGCCCCUCAUAGCGAGUCCCCAUCCUUUGGCAGGCUACCGACCAGCCUCUCGGAAGAGCUUGUGGAGAACAUCUCCAGCACUCCUGCCAGUGGAAGGGGGACCAAGACAGACCUGGAUCCCAAACUCACGGGAGUGGGCAAGGAGACGAUUGGGGACUACAUCUCUAACACUUCUCAUGAAAUGAAGAACGUGGACCCUCGCAAAGUUGGUGAGAUAGACCCCACUGCUGUCCAGCCCAGCAAAGACCCAGAAGAUAUUCCCACGUUCGACGAGUGGAAGAAGAAAGUUCUGGAGGUGGAAAAGGAAAAGAGUCAGUCCAUGCACCCCUCCUCCAAUGGGAGCCCACACAUUGUAAAGAAAGUACAGAAGAACUUCAAUAACUACGCCUCCGUGGAGUGUGGGGCCAAAAUCCUAGCAGCCAACACAGAAGCAAAGAGCACUUCAGCUAUAUUGAUGGAAAAUAUGGAUCUGUAUAUGCUAAACCCCUGCAGCACUAAGAUAUGGUUUGUAAUUGAACUCUGUGAACCUAUUCAAGUUAAGCAGCUGGACAUCGCAAACUUCGAGCUGUUCUCCUCCACUCCAAAGGACUUCCUUGUCUCCAUCAGUGACCGGUACCCAACCAAUAAGUGGGUUAAACUGGGUACUUUCCAUGGCCGAGAUGAGAGAACAGUGCAGACAUUUCCACUGGAUGAGCAGCUCUAUGCUAAAUAUGUCAAGAUGUUCAUCAAGUACAUAAAGGUGGAACUGGUCUCCCAUUUUGGAUCUGAACACUUCUGUCCACUUAGCCUCAUUCGGGUGUUUGGGACCAGCAUGGUGGAGGAGUAUGAAGAAAUUGCAGAGUUGCAGUACCCGUCCGAACGGAUGGAAUAUCUGGAUGAAGAUUAUGAUUACCCUCCAGGCUAUGUGCCACAGGAAGACAAAUCUUCCAAGGACCUGCUCGGCUCUGCCACAAAUGCUAUCUUGAAUAUGGUAAACAUAGCUGCCAAUAUGCUGGGGGCAAAAUCGGAAUUGGAGGCAGCUCAGAGAGAAGGAAACCUCUCUGCUGAAGCUGUGAAUAUGACAGGAACAUCCGAGGCAUCCCAGCCUAUUCCCACCUCUCCUCCAGUGCUGGAGACUGUAGAGGUGAGCCCUCCGGUUUCCAUUGAAGACACUGAGGAAGAGGGGGUGCCCACACUAGCCCCCCAGGAGGAGAGCCUGAUCGUGCAGCUGGUGCUGGAGGAGGAGGAGGAGGAACCCAGGCAGUCCACAGUCACUCUCCUGGAGGAGGAGGAGGAGGAGGAAGGGGCUACAGACAGGCAGGGCUCCUACCAGCUGGACAACCUCACAUACUGUGGGGAGACUACCACCUUCUCCUGCGUGGCCAGCUUCUCGGAGUAUGUGCAGCAGUGGUGUUCCAUUGCCGUUGCUCUUCAGCGGGAGCAAUGUCGAGCUGCAGGCCAGCAGGGGCUGGAGCUGGGCUCCUCCAAGAAGCAGCAAGAGACCCCACUGCCCAUCCCUGAGCAGCAGCAAGAAACCCCACUGGCUGUCCCUGAGGAGAGCGAGACACAGGAGACUGCUAAAGAGGAGCUGCCACCAUCUAGCGAAUUCCAAUUCAUCCUCAUCGAGCGGGACAUUAAAACUACCCCUACAGUCUCCCAGCAACAGGACGUUCGGCACUCGGAGACCACAGUGGAGCAGACUGCAGAGCCCAUUGAUCUGGAACCUAGCCAGUCCUCCUCUCUGCCUCAGGGUAGCAUCUCUGAUACCCCCCAUGUGAAGGUAACCCCUACAGAGGAGAUACCAGACUCCUCCACUAGAGACCUGCUUGAACGGACCCCACUGUACCUCGAAAACACCCCUGAAACACAGGCUGAGACCGGGAAGAAAAUUGUAGCCAGCAGCACUGCAGAGGAGCCAUCCCCGAGCUCUGAAGCUGAACCCCCCAGCGAGGAGAAGCUCAGUCCCACCCUCGGAGAGCAGACGGACACCCCCCAGGCCCUCACUAACCCCACAGAAACAGUGCCCCCAGUGGAGCACAGCACCACUGCUGUGAAUACAGAGGCUGUGGUUGGCAAAGGGACCUCAGAAGAGCCGUCUGUCUCGGGGGAGCCUGCUGAACCACCCAUUAUGCUGGAAGUCAAAGGAGACGAGCAGUCCGCUGAGGACAUCCUCCUCAUGGUCCCUUCCUCCAAUGGCCAGCUCCAAAGGACCGCCACUGACUUCUACGCUGAGCUGCAGAACUCCACUGAUCUGGGGAACACCAACGGCAACCAGGUGCACGGCUCCAACCAGAAGGAGUCUGUCUUCAUGAGGCUCAACAACCGCAUCAAGGCUCUGGAGAUGAACAUGUCCCUGAGCAGCCGCUACCUGGAGGAGCUCAGCCAGAGAUAUCGGAAGCAAAUGGAAGAAAUGCAGAGGGCUUUCAACAAGACCGUGAUCAAACUCCAGAACACCUCCAGGAUAGCAGAGGAGCAGGACCAGCGGCAAACAGAAUCUAUCCAGUCACUGCAGAACCAGCUGAAAAACAUGACGCAGCUUGUCCUGAACCUGUCUGGCACGGUGGGGCAGCUCCAGAGAGAGGUCUCGGAUCGUCAAAGCUACCUUGUCAUCGCGCUGGUGCUGUGUGUGUGCCUGGGCCUGCUGCUGUGUGUCCAGCGCUGUGGGAGCAGCUCCCCAGCACAGGAGGUCUUCUCUUUACCAGUCCCCAAGAGCAACCACUACCCCAGCCCCAAGAGGUGCUUUUCUUCAUACGAUGACAUGAGCCUCAAGAGGAGGGUAUCUUGCCCCCUUGUUCGUUCCAAGUCAUUCCAGUUACCUGCUUCAGAAGUAGGUUCUGAUGACUUGUACAUUGUAGAACCUCUAAGGUUUUCGCCAGAAAAUAAAAAGAAAAAACGUUGCAAAUUGAAGGUGGAGACUCUGAAGCUCUCCGUCUCCAUGCCGCCAGUAGCUAACGGAGGAGUAAAGAGCAACGGCCCCCUGCAGCGCCACAGCGCCUUCCUGCCAUCGGGGGAGGUGUGUACAUCCUCCUACAAGGGCCCCCCCUCUGAGGGCAGCUCCGAGGGCUCCUCGCACUCCGACGAGUCCUACUUCUGCGGCGUCUCCUCCUGCACUCACCUCUGCAAUGGCCAGCCGCCGUCCAAGACCAAGACCGAGAAGAGAGCCUUCAAGCGCAGGCGCUCCAAGAUAGACCCGGGGAAGUACAUGGCAGGGCUGAUACAGACUGAAACCGGGUCUGUGCCAAGCAUGCAGGACUUCAUGAAGGGGAACAAGGAGAUGAGCAUGGGGACGUUUGGGCUCCCGGCCGUGUCUGGGCAGGUCUGAGACCCGUCUAAAACACUCCUCCUCCCCAUGGGGCAGGGCCGCACUUUACUCCCCACUCCCCACUGAUCUGUUCAUGCAGAAGGAGCUGGGGGUGGAAACACAGAGACUCUGUUCUUGCCUUUGAACUCGGACUCUUGGGAUGUGUACCCAGUGUUUAGUGGGAGUAGGGGGCGGGCAGUGGAAUCACGUUUGUUAGUGGGAACCCCCCCAUCCCCCUUCUCCCAGAGUUCGUUCCCUUCUUCUCGCACCUUUCCUUGUUUAUGUGCCUUUUGUCCAUUUACAAACAAAAAAACCUUUGUACAGAGAGCAAAAUUUGUACGUUUAGGGGUUAGCAGUUUAUGCUACAAGAGUUUAUACAAGACUAGCGGCUUUCAGUGUGGAGCUCCGCAGGUAGCAUUCCAUCAUCUCCCUGGUUUUACAGAGACUGAAGGAGGGAAGGCAGUUUGUGUGUUCUGGAGCCCUCCUGUUUGCUGUGCUGCGAGGGUAUCAGAUGUGGGUAGCUGUGACAGUGUUGUGCAGCAGCCCAGGCAAUUUGCUUUUCAUAGUUUUUUUUGUUCAGUUUACCAUUUUUGUUCAUCGUUUUUAAUUUGGGUGGUUUGAAUGGUAGAACACUACAAAACAGUUAGAUUUGGGACCAGGUGGCUGUCGCUGCAUGUGGUAAUCCCCAGGUAUCUAAAGCAGCGAAGGAUUGACUGAAUUCAUUGCAAUUCAUCUGGAUUGCAGCAAGUUUGGGUGUUUUGUUUUUUUUAAUUGAAGUCCAUGUCAGUGUUUCAAUAAUAUUGCCAGCUGGUACUUUUUGUGCCUAGUUUCCUCCCCAAGCCAGUGCUAGUUCCUAAAUCUGAGAGGUUACUUAUACCUGUUGCAUAAUUACCGAAGACAAAACUGAGAUCACAGAUGACUUGGAAAUUCAUGACAUGAAUUGAAUUGUAUUUUGUGAUUUGGUGGGGAACGCGUUGUGUGACGUGGGCAUGUCCUGUGGACUAGUUUUUCCAGCUGCUUUUUCACGCUUUGUGGUAGAGCCUGAUUCUGGGAGCCACUGAGUAUCCCUGUGCUGCUAAUCUAUUUAUUUAUGUGUUAAAGUACUUUUAAACAGGUAAUAUACACCCCUACAUUGAGUGGCAAGGUUUCUAAGGGGAGGAUUGUUCCCCAAACCUGCCCUUGCAUUGUGCUGUCCUGGAGUCAGUACUGUGGGAAACAGUUUGAAACCCUGAAUGCAGGGGUUCACCUGUCACUGCUCAGUGAUGGGUGUCUCCCUGGGAGUGCCUGAGAGACAGCAGAGCUAUCGCAGUUCAGCCUGGUCAUCAUCAGCGAUGUUUGUAAAGAACAGCCCUGAAGUACAAGAAGAUUCAGUUGUAAGUUCCCCCAAAGGCUGCCCUAGUUUCUAAU